AUGACGCUCUCGCCAGUCGUCACCACGACUCGUAAUGAGCCUCAGGUUAUCCGCGCCAUCGGCUCGCCGGCCACACGAGCACUUGAUUCUGGAAAUACAUCCUCCAGCGGAACACCCCGACCAGCUCCAACAUCUGUCCCUCCAUCCGCCCCGCCGACCCUCGACCUCGCGGAGCAGAUGAACCUCGAAGAGAAGCGCAAAUACGUCAAAGGUGUGCAUCCCGUUAUCAUUCUCUGUCCCACGUAUCCAAUCCAGCUAACACAGGCAACUGCAGGCAAGAAGCUCGGUGAAGGUACCUACGCCAUCGUGUUCCUCGGGCACGAACGCGCAAACCCAGCGUCGCUUGUCGCCAUCAAGAAGAUCAAAGUGCAGAAAGAAUACACCGAGGGCAUGGCGCCCGAUGCCGUGCGCGAACUCAAGCAUCUACAAGAACUGUCGCAUCCCAACAUCAUCUCGCUUCUGUCCGUUUUCUCGUCCAAAGACCAGAACCUCAACCUAGUUCUCGAGUUCCUCCCCCUCGGCGACCUGGAGAUGCUGAUCCGCGACACGGACAAUGUUCGCUACGGUGCACCCGACAUUAAAGCGUGGAUGGGCAUGCUGACGCGUGCCGUGUGGUUUUGCCAUGAAAACUUCGUCCUGCACCGCGAUAUCAAGCCCAACAACUUGCUUAUUGCCGCCGACGGCGAAGUCAAGCUUGGUGAUUUCGGUCUUGCCCGCGGCUUUGCAGACCCUCAUCAGCACAUGACAUCCAACGUCAUCACGCGCUGGUACCGCCCGCCUGAGUUGCUCUUUGGCGCGCGCCACUACUCGGGUGCCGUGGACGUGUGGUCUGUCGGUACAGUGUUUGCCGAACUCGUCAAGCGCGCGCCGUUUAUGCCCGGCAACAACGAGCUCGACCAGGUCAAGAUGAUCUGCGAGGCCAUCGGCACGCCUACUGAGGAUAACUGGCCCGGCGUCACGCGGCUGCCCGAGUACACCGUCCCGGGCCAACAUCCGGUCCGCGGCAAGGACUUUUUCGAGAUGCACUUUGGCACCGUCGGGUCCGACGGCGUCGACCUGCUCAUGAAGACGCUGCUUCUGGAUCCCAAGAAGCGCAUCACAGCCCGCGAGAUGCUCCAGCACAAGUGGUGGCAAUCGGAACCGAGGCCGACUCGCAAGCAGGAUCUGCCACGCAAGGAAAGCGGCAGCGCCGAGCAGGUCGCAGCAGACUUGAAGAGGCGGCCGGGCGAGACAGAAGAUCGCGGCGCAAAAGUAGCUAGAAAGCUUGACUUUGGCGCAAAGUGA